UUGGAUGUUGUAUCCGAAUAUCCAUAUGUCAAUAAAAACAAGCGCUAUCCGGUUGGCAAGCAUAAAAGAAUUACUAAUAAUUUUAAAACCUUGGAUAACUAUUUUGGAAUUAUGCAUUGCAAAAUAUUACCGCCUCGCAACCUGAUGAUACCGAUAUUACCGGCGCAUUUCGAUAAAUUGAUUUUCACGUUAUGCCGUACUUGCGCUGAAGAAAAGAAUCAGCAAGUUUGCACGCACGAGGAUCCAGAGCAAAGAGCUCUGACGGGGACUUGGUGCACGCUAGAACUACAAGAAGCCGUGAAAAAUGGUUAUGAACUAAUGGAAAUUCACGAAGUAUGGCACUAUCCCGACAGCAGAGAGCGGUUUUUUGCUGAUUAUAUUGAUCUGUUCCUGGCGCUUAAAGUGCAAGCUUCUGGCUGGCCGGCUGAUAUUAAAACUCCAGAACAGCAAGAUGCGUUUCUGGUCCACUUUUUCCAAACGGAAGGCAUCCGGUUGGACGGUUCCAAAAUAAGCUGGAAUCCGGGACUGCGGCAGCUCGCUAAGUUGUGCCUGAAUAGCUUUUGGGGCCGGCUGGGAAUGAGAAAUAACCUUCUUAGCACAGUUUUCGUGAACACUGUGAAGGAUUUUCUGCACUACUUAACGUCUUCAGAAUUCGAAAUCCAUGAUUAUGACGUAUUUUCGGAUGACGUUGUACAAAUAAUGUACACGAGGAAGGAUGCUAUGGUUCCGACUAACCCGAAAACGAACGUGGUUCUAGCAGCGUUUACAACGGCACACGCGAGAUUACAUUUAUUGAAAUUCAUGCAAAGAGCGGGCGAGCGAUUACUAUACUUUGAUACGGUAAGAGGUGAAGCAUUAGCCUAA